AUGGUUCGAACCGUAAAUUCCGUUUCGGUAACCGUCGCUCUUCUCGUUGCGUUCGUUUUUCCAGCUGUCACCAAUGCGGAUUCGCUGUACCAUGACAUGAGCGAAUAUAGAAGGAUGCCAGCGUUGAUUCAGUAUGAAAGUUACGAAAAGUGCAUGGAGUCCAAACCUUCGGCCACGUUUUGUGUAGUGAAAACUGUUGUGAAACCAGAUAACACAUCGGAUGUUUGGAGAAUUAUAGAAAAAUACUCGAAGCAUUUAUACCAGUAUCGACACAGCGUGCUUACACGAGGCGUUUGUGUGGAAAACUGUGAGAAACUAGUCUCAGACCUAAAUGAAUCACAGCGGAAGCAGUUCAAUCAAAAGGAAUUUGAUGUUGAUUUUCAGUACAUAACCAACGAUUGGCUGCUGCCCAAUAUCAGCGCCUUCCGCCAGCAGCAUGGAUCUGUUAUUAACAUUUGUCAAAACUACAAACUGCAGACGGAGUACGGUCUUUCGGCAUUUUCGAAAAUUGAACACUGCACCAACAGUGCAACUAUAACCAGAAAGGAAGAUUUCUGGGACAUUCUUUUCUGGUUUACACUGAUUUCUCUGGUACUACUGUCAAUUUUUUCAACCUUCUGUGAUAUCAGACUUGGUAAAGAUGGAGAUCUCGACUACUACCAAAGGCCCCUGAAGGAUAAAAAGUCCUACCUGCUGACAGCCUUCUCAUUUCGACGCAAUAUCCAUCGACUGAUAGAGGCUCCCGGGGAUGAUCAGUUUCAGCGAGAUCUCGGUUUUCUGGAUGCUUUGCGCGUUUUGGCAAUGAUCAUUGUGAUAUUUUCACAUGUCCUAAUCGGCGAGCGCAUGAUUACCAGUCAAUCACCUGAAGUAGUGGAAAUUUCAGAUUCGAUGGCGGCAAUGCAAAUCAUCGCUGCCAUUUGUCCUUACACAGUCAACAUCUUCCUUUCGGUAAGCGGAUUUCUAUUGGCCGUAUUUUUCGUCAGGUAUACCGAAGGCAAGCGAUUUAACCUGAGCCAUCUGUGGAUGGGCAUAGUGAAUCGUUACCUACGGUCAUUUCCGGUGUACUUAGUGGUGAUGUUGUACACGGUUUCGGUGUCCGACCUGCUACAGUACAGUCCCUCGGCCUAUCAGUUCAUGGUGCUAUCGAGAGCCGUUUGUCGUAAAAAAUGGUGGGUCAAUUUUCUCUACAUAAGUAACUAUUACCAACCGGAAGAGCUGUGCCUUAUUCACACCUGGUAUCUAUCGGCGGACUUUCAACUGUUUGUCGUUGGCCUCGUUGCGAUGAUGCUUAUUUGGCGUUUUCCUCAGUCCUGGAAGUGGAUAAUGGGUUCACUAUUUGCUGUAGGAUUUGCGCUGCCGGCCAUCAGGACCUAUAUAUUUGCAUUGGAUGCAAUGAUGCCUAUUUCGAACAAAGGUCACAAUCUGCGCCUAUGGUAUGAGAGAUGGUACGUUAAUUUCUACCAGACCUCCGAUGUGCAUUGUGCUAGCUACUUCGCGGGAAUGUUCGUUGGCAUAAUAUAUCACAAAAUUCGGAAGAACGAACAGAUCAUCAAAAAUUCAUUGAUAUUUAAAGUCCUGCAGUACUCGAUCCUUCCACUGGCGGUUGCCUUCUUCCUGCCGGCACCUUUUUUCAACCAGCUGGACCUACCGAAGCCUUCACUGUGGAUGGGAAUUUACGCCGGCUUGCAUCGGUGGACGUUCGCCAUCACCUUGGCCGUCAUUAUUCUGAUGUACAUUUUCAACGAAUCCGGCACUCUGUUCGGUUGGCUGCGCGAGUCCAGAAUCCUGCAGAACCCCGUUUUACGCGUAUCCGGCCGGUUGAGCUUCAGCGUCUAUCUGAUCCACAUGAGCGUCCUGGAAGCGGUCAUGUCAAACCAGCACGAAGCCGUGCGGUUGUCGAUUGCGAUGAUGGUGACGGUAUUCUGUUCAGUAACCAUGAUCUCCUACGCGCUAGCAUUUGCUGCAUUUGUGACAAUUGAAAAACCUCUGGAUGUUAUAUUCAAGCAGCUUCUAGCCGGUGGAUCCGGCAAAAGUGGACCUCGGAUCGAUCAUCAAUCAUCACAGCACAAUCCAGCCCAGGGAUUCAAUUCGAACAAACCAAAUUUAAAAGUUAGGCAAAGGGUGUGACAAAGAUGAAACUUGCUCUAGACGAUGCCGACUACGUGAUGGUAUUAUCUUCUAAGUUUGCUUUAUAAGAAAAUACAGGAAGGUAUUAGAUAUAGAACCGGAUUUAAUACAGGGUUGCA